AUGGCAGACAUGGCAAAAUUGAAAGCGGACGCUAUGUCCAUCGUGGAAGAAGAGGUAGAAACAAAUGAUCUUACAAGGUUCGAAAGAUUUAAGAAAUGGGCAAAAGAAAAUAUAUUUGGAAUAUCAGCCGUAGCAAUAUCUGUGGCGUGAAUCAUCACCACGAUUAUUAUGGGAGCUAAAAGCGUAGCAAAAAAGUGAGCAAGAGCAACAAGCAAAAUCGCAAAAGCAAUAGCAAAUCUAGCCGGGAAGGUUGGACCCGUACUAGUAUCCGUACUAAACCUCAUCGCCAAAGUUCUGUCAUGGGGAGCAAAGGGGAUUGCGUUCCUGGCGAAGAACUUUGGAUUUUAGCUCUAGCAUUAACCUACUUCCUGUACAACGAAUACGGAAAAAGGAAAAAAAGAAAUACUAUAUAAUAAAUGAGUAACACAAACGAACUUAUCGUACUCAGCGCAAUCGCCGCAAUUGCGGUAAACAGCGGUUUCACCCCGAGGCAAAUCCUGGGGUUGCUGGGAGUUAUGGAAUUCGGAUAUCACCUCAUGGACAACAUGGUAGCAAUCGCCUCUAUGGACAAACCCCCAGGACCAUACAAUCAUCAGGAUACCUGA